CAGCAAUGACGUUAUUGUCUCGCAGAAAUUCGUCUCGCGUUAUCGCAUAGAGUCAUAGACGGUGGGAGGCUGACUGUCAAUCAGCAAGUGGCUCAGGCGAUCACCUCCACACCAACAAGAUGACAAACAUAGUUUUGAAGUAUUCACACUGUCUUACACCUUGCGAUCCUCGUGCUAACCCUGUACUCAUCAUUGGCCAGCUAAAGCAUUUGAAUCGGCUUAGCUAUGAGACUAUAAAAUGCAAGUUAGAGCAUCGGGUACCAGAAGAGGUGUUCAAGGCUGCGGUAAGUAGCCUGCACCCGUCGCCGACCGACAGCUGCGCACUCUAUCUGAACGUGGCGACGGUCGCCGCGCUGCCACUGAAGUGCAGCCGCCACAACACGCCGUCGCGCUCGCACUUUAUUACGAAGAUCGUGAAGAGCCUGACGGGCUCCGGAGACGAAUACAUCGUCGUACGUAUUCGCGAUUCUGGUGAACCUCGUCUUGCCACUUGUAUUCAUGGAGUGGGUAAAUCAGCAUUGCACCUACCAGCCCUAGCUGUGUUAAGUCAUACGCCACCAGGUGCAACUGAAACCAUAGCCUGGGUUGGCAAGGGCAUUGUAUAUGACACAGGUGGACUCAGCCUUAAAGGGAAGACGGCCAUGCCAGGAAUGAAGAGAGACUGUGGAGGUGCAGCAGCAAUCCUCGGAGCUUUCUAUGCAGCAGUUAAGCAGGGAUUCAGAGAGAACUUGCAUGCAGUGUUCUGUAUAGCAGAGAAUUCGAUAGGGCCACUUGCAACUAGACCCGAUGACAUUCACACUCUUUAUUCUGGCAGAACGGUUGAAAUAAACAAUACAGAUGCUGAAGGAAGACUCGUUCUAGCUGAUGGGGUGGCAUUUGCUCAGAAAGAUCUUGGCUGCAAUAUCAUCCUGGACAUGGCCACACUUACAGGAGCUCAGGGCAUAGCCACAGGAAAGUACCACGCAGCCAUCCUAACUAACAACGAGGACUGGGAGGUCGCAUCAGGGCGAGCAGGCAUCAACAGUGGAGACCUGGUUCACCCGCUGCCCUACUGCCCAGAACUGCACUUUCCAGAGUUUGCCAGCGCAGUGGCCGAUAUGAAGAACUCUGUUGCUGACCGCAGCAAUGCUCAGCCUUCCUGCGCCGGUCUGUUUGUUGCCGCACAUCUCGGCUUCGACUACCCAGGAGUGUGGAUCCAUGUGGACAUGGCUGGACCAGUGCACUGCGGAGAGAGAGCUACUGGUUAUGGAGUGGCCCUACUGCUUGCUCUCUUUGGUCGCGCCUCCCACUCGACCAUCUUGCAAGCAGUAUCUCCUCUGGGUACACCCAUAGACGACAACCCUCAGGGCGCGAGUAAGAAGAUUAGACUCGUAUAAGAGAGAGACCAGCAGCCUAGCACGUUAUUCAUGAUUUUGCGGAAAUGCAAUUAUAUUUACGAUUAGGAGGGGUAUAUUGAGCCUUUAGUGGUCUAACAAGGCAGCUGUAUUGGUUUAUUUCGAAAUUGGUAUUGUUGUCUACGAUAUUGAAGUUGCACGCAAGGUUUCUUUAUAUUGUAAGGGAAAACCAUUUACAUAAGAAAUACAGCAAAUUUGAAUAUCAUGUUCGUAUUAGUAAAGAUCGGUCAGUUCAAUUAUGAUUUCUAGUAACAUAUACCAGUGGGUACGUUUAUGAAAAAUUCCAGUGAGUAAAAAAUUAUUACUUUUACAUACCGGUGAGAAACGAGAGAUAUGCUAAAUGCUUUUUUAUAAUAGGUAGUAAUAAAGCUUUCAAUUGUAUGUUACAAACCAUAUAAGCUGUAAUUGUGACGUUGUCCGAGUGAAAUAAUUGUAUCAAAAAUAAGGGAAAAAUAUAAUAUACGUUUGCUGAUUGCAGUUGCGAA